AUGAAGCGACUUCCAUUUGGUGCUACUUGCUCGCCGUUCAUUGCGAUUAGUACCAUUCGCAGAAUAGCUACUGACAUUAGCAGUGAUCCAAGAGUCAUUGACGCAAUCAACACGAAGAUGUAUGUAGAUGACUACCUCAGCUCCGCCACAUCACUAGAGGAAGCCAUUAAAGAAGCUGUAGGCGUUAAAGAAACACUGGCAAAGGGAGAUAUGCACCUCCAACGUUGGAUUUCUAAUUCUGCAAGUUUCCUGAAAAUAUUAGCAUCUACAAGCGUAGGCUCUAGUGGUGACCUGACCGAGCUCCCACUCAGCAGAGACGACUCCGAAAAGGUCCUCGGCGUUUACUGGAAUCCUAAGAUGGAUACGCUAAAAUUCAGAGUGAACGCAACAGACGACAUCGACUUCACCCCCGUCGGAAUCGCAAGUAAGGUGGCAAGUCUGUUUGAUCCACAAGGAAUGGCGGCUCCCGUUAUCGUAAAGGCCAAGAUCAAGUUAAGGGAACUUGGAACCAAAGGACUUCAGUGGAACGAUCCCGUAAGCAGCGAGGACCGCGAUUGGUGGGAGGCAUGGUUUGACGCUUUAAGACAGCUGAAUGAUCUCAACAUCCCACGCUGUUUAUUCCCAGAGGAAGAGAACAUUAUACGUACGGAGCUACACGCCUUUGGUGAUGCUUCGGAAGAAGCCUACGCCGCCGUGAUCUACAUUCGGAACGUUUACUCCGAUGGACGAACAAUCGUGCGACAAGUUCGAGCAGUGACCAAAUUGGCCCCAAAGAGGACUAUCUCUGUGCCGAAGUUAGAACUGAACGCUGCUCUGCAAGCAGCUCGUCUAGCACGUUCAGUAGAAGGAGCAGUCACCCGAAUCAUACACCGUCGGUACUUUUGGACCGACAGCAGUACUGUAAGAAAUUGGAUUCGGGCAACCGCGUCAAAAUAUCAAAUGUUUGUCAGUCACCGAGUUGGAGAAAUCCAAACAUUGACUCAACCAGAAGAAUGGCGUUUCGUGCCGGGCAAAACAAACCCAUCCGACAUUGCUACACGCUCGGCCAUUGGAGAGGAAGGUCUCCCUCCACGUUGGUGGAACGGGCCGAACUUCCUCCAUGAAACCGAAGAAAACUGGCCCGCCGAUCUCCCAUGGAUGGCCGUAGUUGAGGAGAUACGACCCGUACGAUCACACCAGGUUGCUGCCACCACAUCCACAUUUGAUUGGGAAAACGUCAAGGUCAGCGUGGAAGACAUCCCAGCCUUGGUCAGGCUUGAGGGAGUAUUUUACGAGCUCGUAAAAAGGUGCCAAUCUGAAGCAUUUAGUGAAGAAACAUCGCCUGAAGAAAGGAAAAUGGCUUCAACCCACAUCUAG